CAGGAGAGGCGUUGGAGGAGAGUUUCGCCUGACUGUCACUCCCAGAGGAAGAAGAAGAAGAGGGUGUGAGCGAGCGUUACCUGUCCAGUCUCACCUGGUGCGCUUUGUUGUACAUGUCGGUCGUCGACUUAUUCCAUCUGCUGUCGGACAUUAAACACUGGCUUCACUUUGGAGCAAGACGGAGAAGGCGAUAAAGGAUGCUAAGACGAUCCUGACCCGUGGCCCCAACAUGAGUGUGACGUCAUGGUUCCUGGUCAGCAGCUCUGGCACACGCCACCGCUUGCCACAAGAGAUGAUCUUUGUUGGCAGGGACGACUGCGAGCUAAUGCUGCAGUCUCGUAGCGUGGACAAGCAGCACGCUGUGCUCAUCUACGACCUGAACACAGACGAGCACAUGGUGAAGGACCUGGGCAGCUUGAACGGGACUUUUGUGAACGACCUAAGAAUCCCAGACCAGACGUACAUCACCCUCAAGCUCUCUGAUGUCAUACGUUUUGGCUAUGAUGCUCAUGUUUAUAUCCUGGAGAGAAGUCAACACAAGGUCCCAGAGGAAGCUCUUAAACAUGAGAAGUACACCAACCAGUUGCAUCUUAGUAUAAAAGCCCUGCAGGCGAAGGCGAAGGAAAAACAGCAGCUCCAGAGCUCAGAGAAGAGCAAAGUUCCUGUUUCCAAACUGCUGGAGAGGGCCGAGCGAAAAGCCCAAUCCCUCACAGCUGCCACAGAUGCUCCGAUAUCCAAGCCUACUCCUCUCUAUGGUCAACCAUCCUGGUGGGGGGAGGAUGAGGAGGCAGCGAACAAAAAGAAGAACAGAGGUGGAAAAUCGCCACAACAGGAGUCUCCAGAGUCGGCUAAAGACGUGUCCAGAUAUGAGGUCAACGGUUCUCUGUCCAACAAUCAAGUCAAGUCCAUCUUCUCCUACCGCCAGGAGCCCAGCUACUUUGAGAUCCCAACAAAGGAAUUACACCAGCGACCUGCCAAGAAACCCGAGUCGCAGGUCCACGAGGUUCCCACAAAAGACACUCCAGAUCCCACUCCGGUUGUCUCUUCCACACCUCCCGUGGUCCAAAGCCAUGCCUCCUUCACCAUCGAAUUUGACGAAUGCAUGCCAGGUAAGAUGAAGAUCAAGGACCACGUGACCAAGUUCUCUUUCCGCCAGCAACAGAAGCUGCCUUCCACAGAGCCCGUCACCACGCCCACUGAGGUGAUGUCGGCAGAAAGCAAAGUGGCUGAUUGGCUGGUCCAGAGUAAUGCCAGCAUGGUGAGGAAGAGGUCACAGGCUGACGACAUGUAUAGCACAAACAGUGACCCGUCACUCCUGAAGAUCACCAAGACAAACCACCACGAGGACGGCACUCACAGUGAUUCAGAGGAUCCUGAAAUCAAUGGAAGUGAUUUCCUCGAGUCAGAACCUCGGAUUGGGUACCAAGACUCUCCACAAACACUGAGAGCCUCCCCGCCACAACGCUUUGCCUCCCCCGACCCUGAGGAGCCCUUGUCCUACUCUCCGCCGGAAUCUCAGUCCCUGUCCAGUCUUAGCAAGGCUGAGCCUCACCAAGCCUUCGUUAUUGAAUUCUUUGAUGACAACCUAAGAAAGAAACGCUCCAUGUCCUUUACUAAUAACACAUCUCCACCUGAGCCCUCGGGCCUAAGGGUCCAGCUGGAGAAGGCAAGGAAGGGCUCGAGCCCAACUGGGGAGAGACGAGUCCCAUUUCCAGCCUCCACCGCUCCUCCAACUCAACAGUACACUGUCCCCCUGAAGGGCCCUACUUCCACAGGCUUCCAGAGAGCUGGCUCUCUACGAAGGGAGAAGACGGAGGACCGGCUCAGCACCGGCUUUUCCUCUCGCUCUUCUUCAUCUGUGUCUGUAAGACCCUUUAGCAGUGUGGGCCGGAGGUCCAAACUCGCCCAGGAAUUUACUGCUGAAUUCCUCAAACAAGCAAAGCAGUCCUCCUCUGCCAGCUGGGAGAAAAAUAAAUCUAGUCCCCCUCCAGCAGCUAAGACGGAGACAGUGGUCGCAUCCCAGAAUAGUCCCCCUCCAUCUAAAGCUUCCUACCAGCCACAGACUUCCUCUCCUAUCCACCACCCUGUUCCCCUCAAGGCCCCCAUGAUGCCCGAUCCGUAUCAGGGUGUGGAGUUCAAGAUCCCUCAUGUUGGCCCCAAGAAUGAAGAGGAGGACAGUCUGAGUGACGCAGGGACCUACACCAUUGAAGCAGAUGUUCAAGAUAAAGAGCUAGAAGAGGCACGGAGCAAGAUAGACCAGGUGUUUGGUGUUUUUGAGAGCCCAGAGCGAACCAACCAGAGUGAAGCAGAAACAUCAGCAGCAUUUAGGCCUGUUAAUGUUGAGCGCAGGGAGCAGCAUAGGCAGAGUAGCAGUGGGGAGGUCCAGCCAGCAGGUGCGGUGUUACAGGGGGCUCCUAAGUGGAUGUCUUGCUGGGCCAGCUUGGCAGACAGCUACACAGAAUCUGGCCCUUCGUCUGGCCUCUUUGACGUCUCUUCCCAGAUGGAGCUGUCAGGAGCACGGGGUACAAUCAUCCACAAGGCCACGCUCAGCCGACACCACGACAGCACCGACUCUGAUGGUUCGAGAGCUCGGCGCGUCCUGCCCCAGCUACCACUGGGCGAGAAGAGUGACAUUCCGACUCCCAGCAUUCAUGUUCAUUAUGACCCGCAGUCAACGUUUGAUGUAGGAGGGAGUAGCAUGGUUUCCCCCAGGUCUCAGGAUAGCCUUCACAGGUUAUCGGUGCAUGACGACGUAGAGCCCGACAGCCUGAGUGAUGCCAGCAAGUCAGAUGAUGGUUCCAUCGUAGAGCAAAAGAGGAGACCGCUGUCAGACAGAGAAGCGAGGAAAAAUGAGGACAGACUCUCAACCGAGUCCACAUCGUUCUACAUUGGGUCAGUGGGGGCUGAGUCCCAACAUGAACUUGGGGGCUCAAACCCCAGCACUCCUGAGAAUGAAAUACAACACGCAAUCAAAACCUUCUCAACAGCAACUCUGACCAAACCAAGAGGUAACCAGGACUCUGGAAAGGUCAAUCCCAGUGUGUCGGCUCCACUCCUGAGCCAGAUUACACAGAGCCCAGAGUCCAAAGAGGGCACUGUAGCCGCAUUAUUCAGACAAGAGAGCUUCACCAAGGAGCGGCCUAGCAAUGCCAGAUUGCCCAACAUAUCUAGCCUGCAGGUUCAGAGAGGCAUGGACCCUGAAUCAUUCCAGGGAGCCUGUAACCAGGACACUCAUUCUUACCUCAAAGACACGGAGGAUGUUCUGGCGGUUCUGGAGGCCAAACUCCAAGCAGUACAAUCGGGUAAAACACCGUCUUCGAUAAUGGACUCUCUUUCUGCGGAGUCUGAUGUCGAUACCUCCAGCACAGUCAGCCAACACAGCAAUAAGACCAGGCCAAACAUACUGCCUAAAGCCCCCUCUGUUAGUGGCUUCCAUAGGGAGAAGUCUUCAGCCAGUAUAGCUAGUCAGGACCCAAGUCCCCGGUCCACAACAUCAGAAAAGCGGCGUUCUCAGGGAGAAGACGGCAACAAUAAGACGGAGUCUGUCAGGAGACCGGUUGGAUUGAGACGUAGUGUCGGGAGAUGUGGCUCCACAGACCUAAGCGACGACCCUCAGAGCUUCCCUUACUCUGACCAGGAAUCUAACAGCCACCAAUCCCGCAGAAAAUACACAGUGCCCCUUCAGAAGGAGGACGGCAAGACCUCUAGAGCAUCCCAGUCCUUGAUUCGUGCCAGCAGCUUUUCAGCCCCAAGACCCACCAGAGCGUCCAUGCUCCGCCGCGCUCGCCUGGGCGAAGCUUCGGACAAUGAGGGCCCGGAGACAGACAGGCUGUCCCAGGAGGCGGGCAAUGCCCUAGCGCAGCAACCCCAAGAAACCAAGAAACUCUCCAGGCUGGAUAUGCUGGCGAUGCCUCGUAAGCGGACGAGCUCAUUCAACACACCCAGCGACACCGAGGCCUCGUCCACCGGCAGCUCAGUUCGGAGGGCUUCUGCAUCGGGGGGGAAGCCUGUAGAAAAGCCACAGAAAGCACCGGUCAACAAGACGCCGAUCACUCGUGGACGUUCAAGCAGUGCCAAAUAUUCUGGAAGCACCUCAAGCUCCAGGAGACGACACAAAGGCUCUGACUAUACCUCUACCUCAGACGAGGAGUACGACUCAAACCAGAGCACUCCUAAACACAAACGCUCCCAACCUUCCUCAGCUUCCCAGAGCCCGCGGAAUCUUGCGCGGCCUCAGCCGGUGGUCGCCCUGCGGCCAAACCCCCGCAGCAGAGAUUCUGAAGAGGAGAUCCAUGACGGAGACGCCUUACACUGUUGGUCCAAUCACAGCUCUGAGAUUGCACAGUUGAGUCAAGACCUGGCUAAAGACCUAGCUAUCUUGGCCAGAGAGAUCCAUGACGUGGCAGGUGAAGGUGAUCCACAAAACCCUGGAGUGGAGAGCAGUGCGCCCGUCUCCACAGUGACCGCUCACGAACAGCUGGUUCAUCAUAUCCCAGAGGCUGGAUUAAACUACCAGAGGGUCCCACCAAGUUCUACAUCUUCAAGGGAACCUGACCAGAGUGACCAUGAACAGAACAGCAGGCCGCGAGCUCAGAGCAGAGAUGAGGUCAUUGUGGACAAUCUGAUGCUGAAUCCAGUGUCACAGAUCACCAUGGCCAUCAGAGAAAACACUGAGCAACUUGCUGAAAAAAUGAAGGUAAUGUUCCAGGACAGGAUGGAUAUCUGGGAAGAGAUUGAGGCCACGGUUAAAUCUGACAAUGAUGUUCCUGUCAUCAAAACCUCCAACAAGGAAAUCGCAUCAAUCUUGAAAGAACUUGGGAGGGUUCAACGGCAACUUGAGGUCUUUAACACAGUCAUGGAGCCCGGUAGGCAGUUUGACAGUCCUAAGGCCUCGGCCUCUGUGGUCUCCUCCUCAUCUGGAGUUCGGCUCUCCAAACCUCCCGCCUCACGAGACUGGAGAACGAUCCACUCCGUCUCCAAACGUGGCGGCGGCCCGAGGCCCAGCGAGGGUGUCAGGAGAGCAGCCGUGACACCAGACGACCAAAGAGCGGGAUAUUUGGUCUGAAAUGUGACACAAACACGCAGGUUCCUCCAGUGCUGAACUUGUGCUGUGACUCCACAAUCACAAGUGUCACCACAAUGAAACUAAGAGGCGGGGGGAAGUGAGACUGUAAAUGCAUCUGUCGUCUCCCGUGCAUCCAAACAUACACACUAACGUACUAUGAGCACUACACACCUACACAGUGGUGUAACUCACAGUGACGCCUGCACUAAAGGCCCGUAUGAGGUUGAAGAUUUAAGGAAGUACCAAAAUACUACAAUAAAAACCUCACCUCUCGGACAGGCCUCCAAACUAUACUUGAUUCUCUCUUUGUUCGAGGUUGACCUCGUUAUUUGCCAAUGAUACGACCAACAUUGCUGAUUUUAAGAGCUCAUUGUAUUUACUUGGUUUAUUUGAGAACCAGACUGAGAAUAAUCAUCUCAGGAAAAUAUAUAU